UGGUCCAGAGUCCAGAGCUCAUCACGUUAAGCCGGGGAGCUGUGUUUUCAGGCUGAAACACAGCCGCACAUGUAGACUCGGGACACUUUAUAGGCGUCGGCAGAUGACCUGUCUGUGAUACUCGUGUGUCUGCGUUUACUGUCACGUUAAAACUUCUCGGCUGUUGUGAGUGAAGCAUGUUUGUUAUACAGCAGCAGCUAAGAUAGUUAGCAUAACAAACAGCCGCGAGACAAACUUGAAGAAAGUUAUAAAACCAGGUAAAAGUCGCGGAAGCGAGGCAAUGUGCGCGUGACAGAUACUUGUAUGUACUGUGAAGUUACUGUAACGUAUGUAACGGGAGUUUUCACUCUUGGUGUACCUGUGGGUCAGGACUGUCUCGUCUCACAUAUAGCUUGGCAAACAUCUGGAGGGCACCGAGGGACCACUAAUGAGAGGAUUGUAAACACUUGGUGCUUGGCAGCUUUCUUUGCUUAUGGAAGUUAAAGCGUGUCUUAAUUUCCUCCUCCUCCCGUCCCUGCUGCUGUGCCUGUUAUAAUCCCUUCCCUGUGGUGAACAUCAGCUCUCCAGCGCCAGUAUGGCAGUCUGCGUAAAGGCUGUGUGUUGCAUUGGUGUGGAGCUCAAAAUGCACAAGUUGCUGCUGGCCGGCUGUGCGAACUUUCAUCCAAAGCGGUUUUUAAACUCUCUUGGUCCUUUUUCCUCAAGACUUGGUGGGACAAGAACCCUCAGCUAUUAUAGCAGACCUGCAGAGUUCUGUCCAACGGGACACUCUGUGCCACAUGGAAAUGUAAGACUGGGAUCAUUCAGCAGGAACUACAGUGAUGUUUGCUUGAAUUCACUGGUCAGUCAAGCACUGCCUUUAUCCACAUGUCAGACCAGAAGAUCUCAGUGUGCUGCAGUGAGAACAGGGAGAAACCUGCUGCAAAAAGGAGCAGUGUGGCCUGUGUCCUUUAUCUGCAGAAGAGUCUCAGACGCCCCUCCUUCCACUGUAGCUCCAGCAUUUGUAGUGAUGAAGUUUGACCAAGAGGGAAAUGUGACAUCAUUUGAAAAAAAGAAGACAGAGCUUUGCCAGGAGUUAAGUCUUCAAGCCAGAGACCUACGCUUCCAACACACUACCAGCCUCACUGCUAGAAAUAACUGCAUUAUUUUACGAAUGGCGGCCUUGAAAGCCAUCUUGACCCAGGAGUCUCUUAUGGUCUUGGAUUUUCGUGGUCUUGGACUGGAGCGCUGGUUAGUUCUGGAGCUCGCCCCCCAGCUAGCGUCACAGACACACUCUCUGCCCUUCGAGUUCAGAGCACUGGAAGCCAUCCUGCAGCACAAGGUAAACACGUUGCAAGCCCGGUUGAAUGAAGUUGAACCAGUCAUAUUGGAUACGCUGGAAUCCCUCGUAGACCCUAAAAUCCUUUCUGCUGAUAGAAGUAAACUACAUGUACUUCUGCAGAAUAGCAAGAGCUUAUCAGAGUUGGAGACGGACAUAAAAAUGUUUAAGGACUCCAUGCUGAAGGUCUUGGAUGAAGAUGAGACUGUUGAAGAGUUCUGUCUCACAAAGUGGACAGACCCAAGAGUUUUUGAAGAGAGCAGUUUGGGUAUUGACCACGCUGAGGAGAUGGAGCUUUUAUUGGAGAAUUAUUAUAUGCAGGCCGAGGAACUGGGGAACAGAGCCAGAGAGCUGAAGGGUCUGAUAGACGACUCUGAGAGUGUAAUCUUUAUCAAUCUGGACAGUCGCUCACGUCGCUGUGGAGGAAUUAUGGCCCACUCGUCUUUACAACGUUACUUCAGUUCAAUGAGCCACCGGAAUGUGAUGAUGCGACUGAAUCUGCAGCUGACCAUGGGGUCCUUCUCCCUUUCCUUAUUUGGUCUAAUAGGUGUGGCAUUUGGAAUGAAUCUGACAACAGCUUUCGAAGAUGACCCCCGUGCUUUCUGGCUGGUAACAGGUUUCAUGUUCUUGGGCAGCGGGCUGAUAUGGAGGCGACUUUUAUCAUUUUUGGGACGGCAUCUAGAGACUUCAGUACCCCCACGAAUCCCUCCAGUUUGGAAGAGGAAUAUGAGACCAUCAGACAUCAAGGCUGGGGUCAGAUGAAGUUCUACCUGGCACAGAUGAUGGUCGUCUCGCAGCGCUCUUGGUCCUCUUUAACUUGAUGCAAAGACUUCUUCUACAAGAAUUUUUAUUUUUAACACACCUCAUUGUUUUACUGUCCCAUGGCCACAGCAGAGGUUGAGACUACACUCACAUCUCUGGAGACUAUAGUGCAGUGGUUCUCAAACUGUGGGGCGGGCCCCACUGGUAUGGCAUGGACAACCACGUAACACAUAUGAAGUUAUAUGAUGUGAAUAUGAUUUUUUUUUUUUUUUUUAAUCAUUAUCAUUAUUUUUAUUAUUUUAGUGAAAAAGAUUGUAGCGAAUUUUGAGGUGUGGACGAUAUCUGUCUUGCAUGAAGAUCAUUUUGCUUUUGGUUUGGGACAUGUCAGAAGAAACUCUGCUCCAGUGUGUGCGCGUCACUGUAUCCGUUCAUUUGGCUGACGGUCAUUUCUCAUUUCUUUUUAUGUUUUUGUUUUCUUUCCUUUCAGCGUCCAGUGCAGAUUAAACUUUGAGUUUUCUUAGUGUUGCAGAGCCAGGAGCAGCAGGACGAAGCCCGUCCUGUGCUUGCUAUGGGUGCAGCUGUAAAGUAAUCAGCAGGAGAGCUGCUAGUGCUCUGGUCAGGACUAGCUUCACUGCUAUUAGCAGGUUUCUUUGCACUUAUGGUAAUGAGCAAAGCUUUGUUUCCGGGUCCAGUGACGUCUUCACCUGUCUGCUCUGCUGCACUCUUUGAAGCAGGAACCGCCACCCCACACCUUGAGGAAGUGGUGGGGAAAUAAUGCACACCUCCAUAUAUGUGGAUAAAAAAAAGCCAGGUCAUAUAAUAAUCAUCUCAUUGUGCAGUUGUGCUUUCUUUCAUUUCACUGGUGAAGAACAAAGAAAAAAAACUCUAUAUCACUGUGAAAGCAGUAAACCUGUGACUCGGUCCCUCUAUACUCUGUAUGUUCUGCCUUUAUUAAACCAGAAGAAGUACACUGUGCAGCUUUGUGGCAUGGUGUUUGUGUCAACAUGAGUGACAGGCACUUGCUCAAAAAUGUCAUUGUUUUUCUUAUAAAUGCAGAGUUUAGAGUGUGGCUUUAAAGCUGUUAGCAGCUUUUACCAAAGGGAAGCUUUAUAAUUUAUAAAUUUAAUCAAGUAUUAUAAAAAAUAAUUGUAAAUUGGUUGAUGAAAAGUUUGGUAUAUCUGUAUGAUGUCAACAGAAGCCAUAGAUUACGUCUUGCAUUAGUGGUUCCCAGGCCAAAGAUCAGGAUACCCACAUAGGGUCACCAAUUAAAUCAGAUGAGUUUUCAGGUUAUUACUGAAUUGGGGAGGUUAUAAUAACAGCUUAUGAGUUCACCCAUAAGAUGAUGCUUUUAUUUAUUACAUGAUUGAUUUCUUUUUGGUUGAGUGUGUCAGCUUGACUACUGCGUGUUUUAACUCUGUAUUUUCUGUUCUGAAAUAUAUUAUUUUUUAAGGAACAUUGAA